AUUGCAGUCAUUGUGCUACCACUUGCACUUAGUGUUGGCUGUUGACCAGUUCUCUAAUUUCUUGGUUAACAGUCACUACUGGACACUCUGGUUAGCUCUGUUUCAUGCUGUGUUAGUUCAUCACAGGGCAAUGUAAAGUGGACUAAUACUGUGAAAUUGCCCCUUUUAGACUUUCCUGCUGGGUGGCAGCAGUUGAAAAUGUUGUGUCGUUUACAGUUUUUCAGUGUAACUGAUCAAAAUGACAUAUAAAAUUCCAUAUUAUACCAAAACCUCAAUAUAGAUGCUUUUGAAGAGUGAAGUAUGUGAAUUUACAAAUAACAAUGCUGUUGCAUGAAGAGACAAGAAAUGCCAAAUGUCAUUGCUCUGUAAGCUCUGAUUUCUGCCUAAAGAGAAAUGAUUUGAACCCAGUUCACAACAUAUUGACAGCAAUUUCUACUCUCAAGUUAUUUGGGCAACAUAUAAUUUAUGCCUGGGGAAGUGAGCAGGAGAUCUAUUUUUCCCAUGGAAACUGAUGGUUGUUCCUUCCAUUUUCUACACACAGAGAACAGGUUUUUUUUUGCUGUCCUAAUAUGCUUAGGGCCACCUACAUAGAAUGCAGAAGUGAUUUUCCUUUAAUGCAAUUUUGUCAACAGAACCCCCCCUCCCCCGCCCCACUGUCCUCUAGUUAGCAUAUAGUAGGACACAAUAACUUUAAUCAUAUGGACAUUUUAGUAAACUUUUCCUUGAACUGUAUAAGCAUCUCUAACAACUACUGAUAAAUAUUGGACAUGUCAUUGUUAAAGAUGAAUUGAAAUUUUACAUACCCCAUUUCAAAUUAUGCCACACGUAAUCUCAAUUAAAUUUUGACAUGGACAUUCAACUUUCCUCAUGUGAAUGCUGGUGCCAUAACUUAGAUUUUUUUAAAUAAAAAAAUUGAGUGUGUCAGAUUUCAGUCUCUAAACCAUCAGUUUUUGCAUACUAAAUACCAUCACAUUCCACCCUUCACACGUUGCAAGAUUAAAUGCAGGUGGAAAUAAAAUGUUCUUGGAGGUUGAUUUCAGAUACAAACAUUUGACACCAACAUUUAGAGAAGAACUUGAGUGAAAUAAUUUAUUGCAGCUCGGAUCUUGACCUUGUCGGCACCUUUGCUUUCAGAUAAUUUUCACUAGUCAGUGUCUAUUGUAACCUUUUGAACAUCGAUAAACUGCAGUGUCAUGUUUCUUUCUAUAAAUCUGUUAUAUUUAGUGCUGUUCCUGGCAAAUUCCAGAGAGAAGUGGAAGGGAUGGCACUGAAGUGGUUUCAUUUGUUCAUGCCAAGAAAGAGUACAGCUUCUCAUCUAUUCAAUCUCUAUGCUGAAACCAUGACAAAGGAUUUUGAAGGCUGGGGCAGAGGGCUGCCUUUCUGUCCACAUUUAAGACUGUAUAAUUUUAUACAUGAUUAGCAGGGGAAACAGAUGCUCCAAAUAUAAAAGAGCCAUUAUAAAGACAAAAAUAGAUGGGCUGUGAAGUAGAGCAGAUGGGGCAGUGGCUUGCUUAUACCUCUCUUACCAACCAAAUCAAAAUCUAGCAGCAUAAAACGAAUUUUAAUUGUAGAGGCCACAAACAUACAGGCCAUUAGCUUUUUCUAUUCGGAUCCAUCUCCAGUCUCCUAUACCUUCUGAAUUGGUAAAGGAGAAGAGUGCUUUGCCAAAGUGUCAUUCUUUUCUUUGGUAGCAUAGCCUGCAGCAGGUAAUAAACCAGUAAAGGUGCUGCAAAUCCAUAAGUCAUAAAAUUGCUCCCUGCUUCCCCACAUCAGAUAUCACCAAGGUGGGAGAGAUGGUUCCUAAGAAACCAGUUAUGCUGGACAAGAAAAUGGUGAGCUUGGAGCAUAUUUUGUUGAACAGCCAGCAGGCCAACAGCAGCCAACAUUUGAGAAUUCUUUCCUGUGAAAUUUGAGGCAGCAUUUGAGUGUUGAACUAUGACUCUGGAGACAAGGGUUAACAUCCCCACUCGGCCAUGAAAACCCGCUGGGUGACCUUGGGCUACUCACGCUCCCUCGGCCUCAGGGGAAAGCAAUGGCAAACCUACUCUGAACAAAUCUUGCUGAAAAAACCCUGUGCUAGGUUUUCUUUAGGGUUGCCGUAAGUCAGAAAUUGCUUGAAGGCACACAACCAAUAAUUUGUGGGACUGAUAGAAUAGGAGUUUGUCUUUAAACAACAAGCCCUUAAUGCCACUAGGCAUGGAAACCCACAUUUAAAAUCAUAAACUGGAUAAACCAUCCAGCAAGCAAAUCUUGGUUCUGGGCCUGAACGGAGCUGGAAAAACAAGUGUUCUCCACUCACUAGCAACUAACCAUGUAAAGCGGAGCACAGCUCCCACAGAAGGCAUCAAUGCUGUGUGUAUCAACACAGAGGAAACCAAAAUGGAAUUCCUAGAAAUUGGGGGCAGCGAGAAUUUACGUGAUUACUGGAAGAUGUACAUGCCAAGAGUCCUGCUACUAAUCUAUGUUGUGGAUUCAGCAGAUCAUGAACGCCUGCCAGUUGCUAAGAAGCUUCUUCAUCAGCUUGUCCAGAAUAACUCUACCUUGCCUGUUAUGAUUCUGGCCAAUAAGCAGGAUCUUGCAGGUGCAUACUGUAUCACAGACAUUCACGAUGCUUUGGCAUUGUCGGAACUUGGAGACGAGAGAAAGAUGUUCCUGAUUGGUACACAUGUGGCAAAAGAUGGCUUAGAGAUCUCAUCUAGCUUGAAGGACACACGGGAGCUGAUUGCACAGCUGGUGUCAGAAACUCUGUAAUAGGAACUGGAAAGAGGCAUAUGAGUAUCCUUCUAUUGCCAGCCAUAAAUUGUUACUUUAACUUCAGAUCUGGUGGCGGUGGCAGUUAACCUCAGGUCUGGCAUUCCUAGGAAAAUGACUUUCAAGUUGUGAAGACGAUUUCGUUUUUUAACUUUAUUUAUGUUUAUUUGAAAAGUAGCGCUGACUUUAAAAUGAGGAACAAAACUGGGAUUACUGAACAUCCUGAAUUAAGGAGGCAAAUGCUGCUUCUAUAGGUAACUGUUAUUGAUAUUAGCUGAGGCUGUGUGGUGGUUCAUACUAGCUGAAAAGCUGGAAGAGAAGUAUAUUAAUUUACACCAAAUUGAAGAAUGUAGCAUAAAGAAGCAAGGACUAGUUGUGUGCAGUCGGAGAGCCAUUUUUGCUCUUCAGAAACUUCAUAGAUGUUUUCUCUUAGAUUCCUUUUCUUAAUCGGACAGAUGUUUCUUAUUACGUCACUCCUUUGAUAUACAGUAAGUGUACAUAUUCUUAUUUAUUCAUGUGCAGUAAAUAGUCCUAAGCAGAACACUGGAUUCAGAGAGGGCUGCUGGACUCAGUUAUUGAUUUCUCUCUUGAGAAUGAGAACAUGGAGAGUAUUGCAGCCACCUUUUAGAGAGCUUUGGAUAUUUGAGGCAUUAAAAUAAUAUCCCAAUUUAGUUGCUCAUUUAUUUCUCUACUGUGAAGGAAUUGGUGUCAAGUGGCCUCAUCCAUUUCCUCCUUAUAGUAAUUCCCCAUUCCACCCUGGAGGAAAACACAAAUAAUAGGCACACUUGUUUUUGAGGUUUUGAGGUCUGAAUCAGCACACUUGUUUUUGAGGAAUUUUUUUGGUAUUCCAGUUUCAUGAACUAAUAAUACUGGGAAAUGAAACUUGCAAUAUUAGACCACGAAUAAGCAAUUUAUAUCCAUGGUUUCCCAGUAGGCAGUAUAGUUUCAUGUGACAUAAUUAUGGUCUGGGGGAGAUCUGGUGAACAAAACAUGCUCUCACAGUACUUUGCAUUUUUACCAAAAUCUUGUAGGAAUGGCAUUACUCCUUCUGCAGUGAAAGCUUAAAGGAGUAUUGAUAAAAAGGUAAUCCACUUCCUUGUCUGGGCUGUAGCAAGGCAAGAGGAAGAUGCACUUUAAGGAAAUAAAGACCAGAACAAUGGCGAAAACCUUCAUUCUUGCUUCUAUUGAGAGCUCCAGAGGAGGAGGAAUUUUUAAACCAAGCUUGAUCAGUUUCAUGCUAAAUUACAUAGGGCAUGAAGAGCCAUUCACUUCUCCUUUUUGACUAAUCAAAAUUCAGUGAAGUUGACACAUGAACAACGUUAGGUCAAAGUGAAGAAAUUAAUCUUUUGUUCGCUGUCUUUCCUCAAAGUGACUACAUACCUUUAGUUUCUUAGACAUGGAGCGAAGGUUACGGAGAACAUUGGGUAAUGGGUAAAAAAAAAACAUUGGGUAAAAAAAAAAAAGAUCUAUAUAUUCUUGAAAAAUUUACAGUAAAGGUCAGUUAUAGCCAGGUUUUUCCCUUCUUAAAAGUAUUUUAAAUAUUUUUUGUUAUGAUUGUGAUUCCGUGUACUCUUUUCUCUACCAGGUUUCUCCAACAUUUUUCUAACUUGUGGGGAAUUUCAUUUGUCAUCAGAAAGGACUGAGCGCCUUGCAAUUCUUCCCUUACUGCCAGAACAAAUACAGUUGGCCCUUGGUAUCCACUGAUGGCAAGUCUGCUUUGUCCCCAAUGGCAGAAUAUACACACAGCUGUGCCAUAUUAGGGACAGUGGCCCUAAUGACUGUUUGGCUGCAUGCACUGUGGAACUUGGGCAUCCACAGAUUUUGGUGUCCGCAGUAGUCCGGAACAGAUCUCCCACGGAUAUUGAAGCAGACUGUAGAAAUACAGGGCUUGGGGUUCCAGGGCCUGGGAAAUGGGCUAUUCAAGGAUUACUCAAAGGACAUCCUUUCACAAGGUUCCAAGUGGUGAGUGGCCACAUUUAAAGGAUUGCUUGGAAAGAGGCAGUGCAUGUCUUCAAAUGUGGAGUGCCACCACUCCAGAUCUGAGAUGAUGUGCUUUCAGGAAACCCUUUUUGCCUGCAGCCCACCCCUUUACCUGCUCUACUCCCAGUUGUUCCAGGACUGAAAAUGAACUAUGGGGUGGAGAAGGGGUGUAGGUAGAUGGAGUUAAGGGCAGAGGAGGAAUUAACUCUGUCCUCCCACUUCUGAUUCUCUCUUUUGGAAAAAACCAAAAAUGCACAUUAAUGUAUAAAUACAUUAAUCUGCUGCUAUAGUGACAGUUUUCCUUGAAGUUCUGAAACGGUGUAUAAAAUACCUCAAGCACAUAAGCUGCAUCAGUAAAGUAACACGUCAGACUUCCCCUUUCUUCCCACUUCCUUUAUGACUUUGUCAGGUGGUGUUAGUAACACAGGCCAAAAGAUACCCAACAUUGACAGCGUAAAGGCAAGAUCACACCUCUUCUUGCAUUUCAGGAAAAAAACCGUGGAUACCAUUCACAGUUUUUGUAACAGUAGAAAUGGUACAAAUAUUUUCUAGGAAUGUUUUUCCACUUGAACACUGAAGCACUCCCUUUCUAUAAAAUCAAACUAUUUUUAUCCUA